GAACACUUUUUUUUGUUUUUUUUCUCUUUUUAUGUCCCCACCUUAGAAUAAUUCCACAGUACAUAACUUUAUCCAGACUCCGCAAAAUCCAAGUUGAGGUUUUUCUAAUCACUUGCUAGAUUUCACGUUCAUCGUUUUCUAGGGAGACACUGGUCAAAGAGAGAGAAACGAAAGAAAAAAAAUGGAGAGCGGCGCUUUGUUGGCUAGGCUUCACCCAAAUCCGCCGCCGUCCCACCACCUUCUUCUCGGCCCUUCUCGCGGCGCCGUUAAACUUCCUCCUCCUCUGUGUGCCCACCGGAAAAUCCUUUCUUCUCACCAUCUUCCUCUCCAGCUACAGAAGCAAUCGCGUUCGUCUUCUUCUGGCAGCAAUAGCAAUGUUAAUCCUCUUAAGGUUGCCUCGCCUGCUAGCAGUGUAGCAUCAGAAUUAGCCGACAUUGAUUGGGACAAUCUUGGUUUUGGGAUUAUGCCCACUGAUUACAUGUAUGUCAUGAAGUGUUCCCAAGGGGAUACCUUCUCUAAAGGCGAGUUGCAACGAUUUGGGAAUAUUGAGCUGAGCCCAUCUGCUUGCAUUUUGAAUUAUGGACAGGGCUUGUUUGAAGGCUUAAAAGCUUAUAGAAAAAGUGAUGGCAAUAUUUUACUUUUCCGUCCAGAGGAAAAUGCCCAAAGACUUAGAAUGGGUGCAGAACGAAUGUGCAUGCCUGCUCCAACUGUGGAGCAGUUUGUGGAGGCUGUCAAAUCUACUGUUUUAGCAAAUGAAAGAUGGAUUCCCCCACCUGGUAAAGGUUCUUUGUAUAUAAGACCAUUGCUUAUGGGGAGUGGUGCUGUUCUGGGCCUUGCACCGGCUCCCGAGUACACGUUUUUGAUUUAUGUUUCUCCUGUCGGAAACUAUUUCAAGGAAGGUUUGGCCCCAAUCAAUUUGAUAGUCGAGACUGAAUUGCAUCGAGCAACUCCUGGUGGUACUGGAGGUGUCAAGACUAUAGGAAAUUAUGCUGCAGUUCUACAAGCACAGAGUGCCGCAAAAGCAAAGGGCUAUUCUGAUGUUCUGUACUUAGAUAGCAUUCACAAAAAGUACUUGGAAGAAGUAUCCUCUUGCAACGUGUUUGUUGUAAAGGGCAAUGUGAUAUCUACUCCUGCAAUAAAAGGGACCAUUUUGCCUGGCAUCACAAGAAAGAGUAUACUCGAUGUUGCCCUCAGUCAAGGAUUCCAGGUGGAGGAGUGCCUGGUGACAGUGGAUGAUUUGCUCGAUGCUGAUGAAGUCUUCUGUACGGGAACUGCAGUUGUGGUCUCACCGGUGGGCAGCAUCACAUACCGCAACAAAAGGGUAAGUUAUGGAAAUGAAGGAGUUGGCCGUGUGUCGCAACAACUCUAUUCGGCUCUUACCAGCCUUCAAAUGGGACUUGCUGAGGACAAAAUGGGUUGGAUUAUGGAGCUUAAGUAGGGUUUUUUAGUAAUGAAUUUAUGUUUUGAUUUUUCCAUUUUUUUUCUUAUAUCUGGACCUGUGAAGAAAAGGCACUGGUUGUAGGAGCUUGGGAGUUUGAAGGGAUUUUCAUGUAGUUGUUGUAAUUUGCAUUUUUCUUUGCUAUGUUCAAAGGUUUGAAUCCUGAACUUUUCUUUUUGUUUUCUUUUCUUGUGAAGUAUUUGUUCUUCAUAAUGCUCGCGAGGCUGUAUAUAUUUUGAAUUUAAAGGUUAGAAAUGGCUCAAGUUACUCUGAACUUACUUGGGAAAAUCAUAGUUAGUGUAGUAACUUUUGAUUCAUAGAAUGCGAACUUCAGAAACUUCCCUUACAUUUGGUGUAAU